AUGUUGUCAGUUUGCACGUUGUGCAUUGUAUACUUGUCUAUUUACACGUCCUUUGAUCACACCACCAUUUUCUUACUCCUACUUACAUACUCCGUCCUAUCCAUCCGGGCUAGGACGGCUAGAAUGGCUAGGACGGCUGUCUCCGGUAUUUGUUCUGCUCCUCUGCACCCAGUCUGCAGAAACUACUCCCUUCCUAUCCUUGUGUUCAAUUGUUUCGGUGUUAUAUAUCUAUUGUCCUCCUCGCCCCCACACUUUUACAUCCAGUGCCCAAUUCUCCCAUUUUCUUGCAUCUUGGUUGAAAACUACAAAUUUUUAGUGUACUUUUUUUUUCUUUCUUUCUUAUCUUCUUCAACAAACGUUUUCAUCUACUGGUCUUUGCUAAUCCUUAUGAACGUCUAUAUUGUCCAGCCAAACUUGGAAAUCACAAACUGUGAAAACUGCCCCUCGGAGGAGACCCUUCUCUCAAAGAAGGCCGACUACCUUGCAAACUUGAACAAAUGCGAGAAGCUCGAGCAAUUGAACGGCAUGGAACACGUCCCCUCUUGGUGCGUCUCCAGUAGCCGCUCGGAAGUGUCGUCGGACUCGGACGACGUGCAGGGGCACACCCAUAGCAACAAACACAAGCACAAGCGUAAUCAUUUACAUAACCAUAACCAUAACCACAACCACAAACCAGCAUCUGACACCGACCUUGAUUUCCAGUUACAAUCUUUCCACCCGGAAACAGGCGACUAUUCAAAGCUUGACAAUGACGCUGCCGAUGCGCCCUUGUCCAAGUUGGGCAUCCCGCCCAAGGUGGAGUCGCAGGACGGCAAGUGGCUUGCUCUCAAGUACUUGCAGUUGAACACUGACAUAUCGUUGCUACAGUAUAAAUACCUCAAGUGUUAUGUGAAGAUCAACAAGAUUGUCCAGAAGUGGUUCAGCAAGCCCCAAAUAACGGAAAAUGACGAGCAAACCGGGUACAAACUCAUUAACCAUGAAAUGGACAAGUUUCACAAGCUGGAAAAUUUACUUAAAUUGUUGCUAAACUUGAGGCUGAAGUUUCAGGCAAAAUACAAAGACUUUAAUAAAGACUCCAACCAAGUGGCGGCUGAUUUAUCUACACCAUCCUCCUCUACCUUGUCACAGAAACCAAUUUUGGUUUCAACCGCAGAUUCUAGCUCUUCUAAUGCUGCCUUGAAAACAGGCACAUCUGCAGAUCCAGAGUGUAAAGUCACAUUCACCUCUCCUCAGCCUCUACAUACCCAAACUCAAUUCAACAAGUGA